AUGGGAUGUUUGAGCAGUUCUUUGACAGCAGAAAGCCAUCUCAAGUUUGCGUCGCGGAGGCGAUCGUCAGCAUGGGAGAUCAGCGAUUUCGGUGCAGCGGUUUUGAACGCCGAGGACUGGGCCAAUGUGUUUACUGUGUCCAAUAUCAUCCGCAGUCAAGGCCUUGAAAUGGAUAUCCUGGCGUCCACUUUUGAAAGACUGUUCAAUAAACACCCAAAGACUAGAAUUUUGUUCGCUGACGCGGGAAUUAUCAGCUUAACCGAGGAGCCCAAAGUUGAAGCCAGGCUCAGAGCGCAUGUCCGGGAAAUCGCAAGCGCCAUUAACCGAAUCUUGGAACUGAAAGGGUCAGACCCAGAUGCACUGGAACCGUACCUGAAAGAGAUCAGAAUGUUACACAGACGAAUCAAAGGAUUUCAGUUUAUUUAUUUUGAGUCGUUUGCGCAUUGUUAUGAGCAUGCGUUCACAAACCUGCUGGGAUCGGCUAUAUCCCGCCAACAGAAGCAAGCCUACCACAAGUUCUUGAUCUAUCUCUACAAGGUUCUGAGUAAAGAAGACAAUCUGGCACCACCUACUAAAGAUCAAGCAAGACGCUCUGAUGUGGUGCCGACUAAAUGA